AUGACGAUGCUGACGACCGACGACCCAUCGCAGCCGUGCUUGACGAUCCGAACAUGGAUCCUUGGUGCCGUCAGCUGCGUCCUCCUCUCCUUCGUCAACCAGUUCUUCAAUUAUCGGACCAACCAGAUCUCCGUCAACUCCAUCUUCGUCCAGAUCCUGGCGCUGCCCGUGGGCCGCUGGAUGGCCCGCGUCCUCCCUCCGACUAUCAUCAGGAUUCCCCUCCUCGACUGGUCCUUCUCCCUCAACCCCGGCCCCUUCAACAUGAAGGAGCACGUCGUCACCGUCAUCAUUGCCAACUCCGGCACCGGCGGCAUUUACGCCGUCCACAUCAUCACCAUCCUCAAGGCCUUCUACCACCGCGGCAUCAACGUCAUGGCCGCCAUCCUCCUCACACAAACCACUCAAUUGUUAGGAUUUGGAUGGGCUGGAUUGUUCAGAAAAUACUUGGUGGAUUCCCCUUACAUGUGGUGGCCUGGCACUUUAGUAGUAGCAUCUUUGUUCAGAGCACUGAACGAGGAAGAACGGCGGGUAAAGGGCGGCGUGACGCGGCUCCAGUUCUUCCUCAUUUGCAUGAUCUGCAGCUUCUCCUACUACAUCGUCCCCAACUACUUCUUCCCGGCCAUCAGCUCCAUCUCGAUCCUCUGCCUCAUUUGGAAGGACUCCAUCCCCAUCCACCAGAUCGGCUCCGGCAUGCGCGGCCUCGGCGUAGACGCCAUCGGCUUCGACUGGGCCAUCGCCUCCAUGAUCGGCAGCCCCAUAGCGGCCCCCACCUAUGUGUUCUGCAACGUCCUCGCAGGCUACGUCAUCCUCGUCUACAUCCUCCUGCCCCUCUGCUACUGGUCCAACCUCUACGACGCCCGCCGCUUCACCUUCCUCUCCUCCCACCUAGAGUCGAUUGCUUCGUUAGCGAGUUCGGUGAUCGCCAACGCGAGCUACUUCGGCACAGCGUGGUGGUUGCUCUCCGACGUCCCCCACAUUUGUGAGACCAACUUGCUGCCGAAGGGCUCCCCGUGGACGUGCCCUAGCGACACUGUGUUCUUCAGCUCCUCUGUUAUAUGGGGCGUGGUUGGGCCUCGUCGGAUGUUCGGCCCCGACUCCAUCUACUCUGGCCUUAACUACUUCUUCCUCCUUGGCCUCUUCGCCCCCGCCACCGUCUACCUCUUCCACCGUCUCUUCCUGGAGAAGAAAUGGAUUCGACUCAUCAACUUCCCCGUCAUCUUCGCGGCCGCCGGCUACAUUCCCCUAGUCAAGACCGUUAACUUCAACUGUUGGUUCAUUGUCGGCUUUGUCUUCAACUAUUGGGUGCUCAAGCACCACAAGCAGUGGUGGGGCCGCUACGCCUAUGUGCUGUCUGCUGCCCUCGACGCCGGCACAAGCUUCAUGGCCGUCAUCGCCUUCUUCACCCUCGGCAACUAUAAUAUCAACUCCGUCAAUUGGUGGGGAGGCGUCACCGAUGACUACUGCCAGCUCGCUAAAUGCCCUACCGAGCUCGGUGCCUACAUCCCCAAGGGUUGUCCUGAACUCCAAUGA